GCGAAUCUAAAUGUUUUUAGCGUGGUUGUUUAAUUAAAAUAAAACAAUCGCCGGUAAGAAUCUGGUGAGUUAUUACUUUCUAUGCAUAUGGAAAGUAACGGGAAUAUGGUGAAAUCCAUUCAACAUUUUGGAGUCUCGUUUUUCCUUUUCUAUUCUACCCGUAACGUUAAUUCUCCACCCUCCAAGUUAAAGUAGUCUCACGUUAAGCAUCGUUGUUAGAAAACAUCCUAAAACAAAAAGUUGAAAUAAUCAAAAUUCUCCGCGUGGGAGGUUAAAUAUUUAGAUUUUAGUCAACUAUAUCGGUAACUUAGAAUGUUUAGGUGCAAGGCUCAUUUAAAAGUAAUGAUGUGCUAAGAACACUAAUCUAGCGUUUGGAAAUAUAUUCCUUCAAUAUUUACUUAAAACGCAAUUUUUAUUGGAUAGUCUAAAUUAGAAUUAAGAAAAUACCGAAGUGUUCAUAGUUGUACAUCAAAAUUGUCGUCACCAGUUACACGAGUUUAUUUUAGUAAAUUUUGAACUUAAUAACUAAAAAGUUGAGGGUGGUAGAAAAAAAGUAACAUUUUUGCUAUCCAAUGUAAAUGUGUGCAUGAAGUCGGGAACUUGGCCAGAAAGUGGAAGCUAUUUUGAGUACAUAGUCUACCUAGCAAGACGUUUUUGAAGCACAACAAGAUGCGCCAUAGAGACGCGAUUUUAUUUCUUCCUUGGGUAAAUAAUUUUCGACAUAACAUGGUUACGAGACUGAAAUUUUCUAAUACAAAUAACUUAUUGAGAUGCCCUUCCGUCCUAUCUAGUUCGUGUAUCAACGUGAAUGUGGUUGUUGAAAGCGAAACAGUUCGACCGAAUACAUUAGUUGUUGGUGUCUAAGCAGGAAGGACCAAGUAGAUGAUAAUAAUCAGCGGUGAUCUACGACUGUUAUAUACUGUGGAGACAACCGUAAUUUGGGAAUGUUAAAUGUGUGGUUCUAAACUUAAAUUGUAAAGAACAGGAUUUUGUUACUAAGGGGGUAAAUGUGGAAUAUCUAAGCUGAUUGUUUUGAAAGUUGAUAGAGAUAGAUGGAAAUAAUAGAAUUGAUGUCAGAAAUACCAUAUAGACAUUUGAAUUGUCAUUUGUUUAUUUGGAGAGAGGCGUAUUUUUUCUCCUUUUUCGUAGAAGCGUUUGUAGUAAACCAAUCGACAUUUUCCAGUUGAUAAUUCAAAAGUAACAAAGGGCUUAAGGUUAAAUGGAUAUUUUUGUUGACUAGAAGUUCUUUUUUUUUUCUUCAAAUAUAUAUAUAUUCCAAUUGUACUUACAGAUCCAUAGUAUUUAUAUAAAUCAAAACUUUUGUUAUACUCUGUUUACAUGAAAUAGAUUUGAGCUUUCGUUUAGACACAAUAAAACACGUCUAGAGGUUUGUCGCCUCCAGAAUCAAAUAAUUGAGGCUGAAAUAUAUUAUUAGAAAACGUUUCGAGUCUUACAACAGCAUAACUAAGAUCUACUGUGCACACGAGUUUAUUCUGGAUUUCUAGCCAUUUUAAUGUAAAUGGGAUAAUCUUUUAUUACAAAGUUAUUUUUUCUUCUUGUUUCAAGUGAGGAUGCCAAGGUCCAAAGUUGUGUGUUCACACUGGAGGAUACUUUGAAAGCUUGUUUACUAAAAGUAAAAUUUCAGUUUAUUUUUCUUAUAUAGGUGAAAAUGAGAUUUUAUUGCAAUCCGUUGGUAAGGUAAAGAUAUUUAAGACCAUAUUGUGGCACAAAUCCAUUAGUUGUGUGAAGGUUUUUUUAAAUUCUGCAAGGGAUUGGGGAUCCAAAAUUCCUUUCUUUCACAUGGCACGUUUUCUCAAGAUAAUUUGGCAUGUGUUAAUUUUGUUAUAGGAGAGCAACCAAAGGAUAACUUGUAAUUUUCUAUGCAAAACCACAGUUAUCCUGGAAAUAUUAGUAAUGUGUUGAGAACGUACAGGAAUUGUGAAUUAAUUUACCGUGAGAAAUGGCUUCUUUCUGUACAUGUACGCAAUUUAUAACGAGUUAAAGCUAUACAAAAUAUUAAACUACAGCACUAUCUAAAGAUAGUUAUCAGAUUACGUAAAAAAGUGGCAGAAGUGCACGAAGAAGAAAUAGAUAUUGGUUUAAGACCGCCCAAGCGGGCACUCAAACGACGAGCGGCCACCCCUUUAUGGUGUAAAAUGUUUCGGUCUUGUUCAAGUUUUCUUCAGCGGUUUUCAUCUAGGUUGAAAGUCCAGCCGGAUAACAAAGAUCAUCAGAAAGAAAGUGUGAAGAAGCUGAUGUCUUCCUCACAUGAACAUAGCUCCAGGCCGUCCAGCGUUGAGGAUGAUGAUGACGGUCAUCUUAUCUAUCGUCAUGGGGACAUCCUGAGAGAUCGAUAUAAAAUCGUCAGUACGUUGGGAGAAGGAACCUUUGGGAAAGUUGUAAAGGUUGUGGAUAUCAGGACUGAGAAAGUAGUGGCCUUGAAGGUAAUAAAAAAUGUAGAGAAAUACAGAGAGGCUGCAAAGUUGGAGAUCAAUGUUCUUGAGAAGUUAGCAGAAGCUGAUCCUGAAAAUAAAAGGUUAUGUGUCACUAUGCUGGAUUGGUUUGACUAUCAUGGACACAUGUGUAUAGUAUUUGAAAUGCUAGGACUUAGUGUCUUUGACUUCCUUAAAGAGAACAACUACCAACCCUAUCCACUGGAGCAGGUUCGUCACAUUGGUUACCAGAUGUGUUAUUCUGUGAAAUUCUUGCAUGAAAACAGACUUACCCAUACAGACUUGAAGCCAGAAAACAUUUUAUUUUGUAACUCAGACUCUGAUGUUAGCUACCAUACAAAAAAAAAACGAGAGAACCGUCGAGUACGUGACACACACAUUAGACUAAUUGAUUUUGGGUCAGCAACAUUUGAUCAUGAACACCAUAGUACAGUAGUUUCAACCAGGCAUUAUCGCGCCCCAGAAGUCAUCCUAGAACUAGGAUGGGCUCAACCUUGUGAUGUCUGGAGCAUUGGAUGCAUACUGUUUGAACUUUAUUUAGGAAUUACCUUGUUUCAGACUCAUGACAACCGAGAGCAUCUAGCAAUGAUGGAGAGAAUUUUAGGGCCACUUCCAUACCGUAUGUGUCGGAAAACAAAAACCAAGUAUUUCUACCAUGGGAGGCUUGACUGGGAUGACAAAAGUUCUGCUGGCAGAUACGUUAGAGAAAAUUGCAAACCUCUGAAGCGAUAUAUCCCAGGAGAGGAUGAAGAUCACAGACAUUUAUUUGACAUUAUCUUCAGGAUGUUAGAAUAUGAACCAUCUCAAAGGAUCACUUUAGCAGAAGCCCUUGAACAUCCAUUUUUUGCAAAGUUACCAGCAGAGCUUCUUUUACAUAAACAAGAUCAGAGACUUAAUGGUCUAACUCCAGAGUUGAAAAGUGAAUUAAGAGAACGUUCUCAUAGCCUUAGUAGAUGAAGCCUUAAGUUAUGUUCAUUCACAUAUUGAUUUAAAACUAUGUGGCUGGUUAAAAGUAGGUGGUUCUGCUUAAGAAAAAAAAUACCGACAUUUUAGAUUUGGAAACUGUCAUUACAUCUAUCAUAUUUAUUAUGAUGCAUUUUGUUUUUCAUGCUGUUUUAAAAGUUGUAUAUCUUUCAUCAUAUAAAAAUUAAAAUGUCCCUUAAUUUAUCAUUUUCUGGUAGACCACCUUAACACAUUUUCUGGGAAUAAUGUGGCACAGAUUCAGUCUGUUACAUCAUGUACAGUGUUUAUAAUUAAAGUGUACAAAACGUUUUAGUUGUAGGAUGUUUAUAUGAACAAAUAAUCCCAUUAUGUAAAUUACUAACUUGUAUUUGUUGUUUUUUCAAACAUGCUAAAAUAAACAAUGCUUUCUUAGUUGUC